CAGGCAAAAGUCUUACCACAGAGCAGGCAGACUCCUUGGAGAAGCUGCACAGAAAUGCUGGUGCUAAGCUCAAUUUUCCUCACUCUCCUCCUCUGCCUCCUGGUUGUCCAACUGGUGAAGCUGCAGGUUCGGAGAAGGCACUACCCACCUGGACCGACCCCUCUGCCUUUCAUCGGAUGCUUAUGGCACCCCAAAUUUUUUAUAUUUAGCCGGGAACUCUUGACAGAGAUGUCCAAGAUCUACGGGAAUAUCUUCACGUUGUGGUUCGGGCCCUACCCUGUGAUUAUAUUACAUGGCUUCCAAGCUGUGAAGGACGGUCUCACCAGCCACUCUGAAGAUGUUUCUGGCCGGCCUCUGCUCCCCCUUUUCAAAACAGUGGGAAACAACAAAGGAAUCACACUUUCCUCGGGCCAGAACUGGAAGCAUCAAAGACGAUUUUCAAUGGCGGCUCUGAAGACCCUGGGCAUGGGGAAGAGCGCUCUGGUGUAUCAGAUUGAAGAGGAAGCCCAGAGUUUGGUGGAAGUGUUCAGGAAAACUGAAGGUAUUGCUAUGGAG